CUGUGAACGUGACAUUGAAACACUCCAAGACUCAAGAACCAAGGUCGACUUGUCCCCAACCUGAUAUGCCUCAGUCGCGUUCAUGAUGGACUCCUCACCCCCCGCCAAGACGCAAGAACCGACUCUGCCGACCGCGGGCACCAAGCGUCCCGCUCCCAGCCUCUUACCUCCCUUUGAACCUCUCAGUUCGUCGCCGAGCUACCCUCGACCUCUUAAGCGACAGGCCCGACCCGGCUCCGUCGGCUCCUCUGGCGCGUAUCUCAAGUAUCCGACUCCGGUUCCGACAUCGAGCACCGGCAUCCUUUCCUCGUCUCCUCCGCGCGUCGGUCUCAGUCUCGGUCUGGGUCUCGGUCUGGGUCUCGGUCUCGGUCUCGCUGCAUCGCAGUCACAACACCACCAACAACAUCGGGAUGGCACGUUGUCGCAGGCACGGCACGGCCUCUCGGAGCGUGCCCCGCUCGCGUCCGUGCCCACCAUCGAACUGAACGAGAACGGCGAGACGCUCCUGAUGGGCCGCUCCAGCAAUUCCUCCCAUUAUCAGCUCUCCGGGAACCGACUCGUCUCCCGCGUACACGUCAAGGCGCGUUAUAUCCCCGCUUCGAGGCCCCUCGAGCCUAACAAGGUCGAGAUCGUCUGUCAUGGCUGGAAUGGUCUGAAGCUCCAUUGCCAAGGCCGCACGUGGGAGUUGCUCAAGGGCGACUCGUUCACGUCCGAGACGGAAGGCACGGAAAUCAUGGUCGACGUCCACGAUGCUCGCGUCAUGAUCCAGUGGCCCAAGAAGGGGCUCCGAGACGUGCACGGCGGCAACAUGUCCGACUCGUCGUGGGACGACUCCCCGCGCUCGCAGGUCCGCGGCGGCCGUGCAGAAGCAGCAGCAGCAGCAGCAGCAGGUGGCAGCAGCAGCAGCAGCAACAGCAUGGGAGUGGGACUGGGCCUGCAGUCGAGCCCCCUACGACGUGCCUCGCGCAUCAAGAGCCCCGAGUCCCCGACACCUGGCGUGAUCAACCUCGCCUCUUCCCAGCGCAUCGCCUCCCUCCUUCCCGGGGAUGGCAGUGACGAGAUUCUCAUCUUCGAAGACCCGAGCCCGGCCGAAGGGGCACCGGCUCAUGGCGGCGAGACGACGUCGGGGGAUGUGGGUCAGAGCUUCAUGACCGAGGUGACCAACUCGUUUUCGUCGGACCUCAGCGAGCCGGAAGAUGAGGAAGACGAGAACGAGUAUCCGGACGAGGAGAACGAUCCCAUUGUGCAUUCGUUUGGCCCGUUCGGCGCCAACCUCUCCAACCGGCUCGCUUCCAUCACGGCCAGCUCGCCCGGGAACCCCGCCCUGUCUCCCACGAAGCCGCGGUCCCGUGGCCCCAUCUUUUCCGCCCACCAGCACCAGGCCAACGCCAAGGCAUCCUCCCGCAGCCUCGCCGCCAUCCGGGAAGCCCUAUCCCCGCAGAAGAAGAAUAAGGUGGAAGCAACACAGGAGGAAGAAGGGUAUGCCAUGUAUGCCACGGUGAAGAAGGAGGCGGAGGAGGAGGAGGAGGAGAAGGACGAGUCGGGCUCCGGAUUGUCAUCGCUAUUGUCCUCCCUGGAGGAUAAGGAUAACGUCGACGUGCCUGCCAUCCGCAACCACGUGGUCAACCAGCUGGCCUUCUCGCGCCUCUCGUCCACGCCCCUUUCCGCCAUCCUCGGCAACCUGCCUGCGGAGGAGCGACGGGGCUUGGACAAACGCCAGCUGCAGGCCAUCCUCGAGGCCACGGCCUGCACCGGCAUCAUCACCCGCCAGGGCAAGGACGCGGCGGGCCAGCCGCUCGAGAGCGAGUUUUACUACGUCCCCGAGGCGGACGAGGACGAGCAGCGCCGUUUGGCCGUUACGGACGGACUGCGGAAGCCGAGUCUCCGGGCCUGUCGGAAGCAACACAAGCAAUACUACUGGAAGCGUCCCAAGACCCCUUGAUGCCUGUCAAGGCAAACUUGUCUUUUCUCCCAGCAGCCUGUCGUCGUCCAACAUUUCUUUGUGCUCUUCUUCCUCUUCACCCUACCCUGUAUUAUGACGAGACUUGACCGUUCUCGUCGUGUCUAUACCCAGGACAUAACCCCCACUUGUUGGUUCAUCCUCGUCGAGUAUAUAUAUAUAACUACGCCGUUUCCCCCUUUUCCCCUUGGUCACGCAGCUGCAUAGCG